AUGCCAACAGAACUGGAAGAACUAGAAGUUAAUGCUAACAUAUUUCAGAGUAUGCCGAGGAAACUGGAUAUAAUUGGAAGAGCAGUGGAUGGAGCAGUGUCAUAUUUAAAUGAAAAUAUGUUUCCUGACGCUAAUAUUUGCAUCAACAAAGUUAUUGACACUGCUUCUGCCAGGUCUGAACUACCUAGUUUGCAAAGUACACUGCUGAAAGAUCUCUUCAGCGAAGAUCACAAAUUUCAAUGUCUUGAGGAAGGGACAAGCUGUCUGAGUGAUCGUUUGGAAAGGAGCAGGUCUUCGAGUUUCCUAAUUGUUUUAGAUGACAUCGAUCAUCUAGAACAGUUAGAUGCUCUAACAGCAAUGGAUAUAUUAGAUAAGUAUGGAAAUAAUCUGGUGAUUAUUACAACCCGUGACGUAGGGGUUCUUGUAACUGCAGGAAUUGAGAUUGGUUAUCUGAAAGGAUUGGAUAAAGAAGAUGGGAAGGAGCUGUUUUGUUGGCAUACUUUCCGCCAACCCUAUCCACGCAACGGAUACGAAGAUCUAGUCCAAAUCUUCGUAAACAAGUGUGGAGGCUUGCCUCUAUCUCUUCAAGUUCUGGGUCGGCAUGUUUCUGGUAAAGAUCCGUGGUAUUGGAGAGAAGAAUUGAAAAAAGUCAGUAAGACGCUACCCGGAGAUGUAAGGAAGAGACUGAAGAUAAGCUUUGAUUCAUUGGAUUGCGAAGAGCAACAGAUUUUCAUGGAUGUAGCAUGCUUUUUCAUCGACAAAUCAACGACUAUGGCCACGAGCAUAUGGGAGGGGUCUGGAUGGAGCUCUCACGAUGCUUUGGAAACAUUAAAAGAUAAAUGCCUUGUGGAAGAAGUCGACAUAAGGUAUUGGCCUUCGGUGGAUUGCGGACGGAAAUCUGGUCGGCAUCGGUUUGUCCUGAGAAUGUAUGACCACCUGCGGGACUUGGGAAGAGAAUUGGCAAAAGAGUUUAGCCAUCCUCGUCGUGUGUGGCAUCCCCAACAUCUUCAAUCUUUGGCGCCCUCUCAUUUAAAAGAGCUCCAAAUUAUUGGAACAUAUCUGGAAGAGUUUCCAGAUUUGAAAGAGCUCCAAAUUAUUGGAACAUAUCUGGAAGAGUUUCCAGAUUUGUUGGGAGAAUCAGAUAAUAUGGAAGCGGUAGUGUUACAUGCUACGGAAUUUCAAAUGGAUAUUUGGUCUUUAUUAGGAUCUCUUCGAAUGAAACUUCCUUGUUUAAAUGUGAUGCACUCGAAUUUAACAGGGGAACUGGCUUCUACUGAUACUGCAGAGAGGACUGCUUUUAAGUCCUUAGUUAUCUAUGAUUUCAAACUACCUGGAGAGAGGGAAAUGGCUUUGAAUAACGAGGGGUGGUAUAGAACAGCAAUGAAUGAUGUUGAAUAUUUAGAGAUUAAAGGCCAUCAUUUUGUAAAGAAGAUUUUAAUUACUCGAAAUUGCUGUCAAUGCCAACAGUCUCUCAAAAUUUGUGAAAUGAAAGAUCUUAUUGAAGUGGAUUUAGCUAGGAUAAAUACAUUGAAUUUUCUUGAGAUUACCAACUGUGAAAAACUAAAAAGAUUGAUAUUGACAUCUGAUCCUUCCAAGCUUAUAGAAUUGAAGAUUAUGGGGUGCACAAAUUUGGAGAGAGUAUCAGGAACAGCAGAUCUGACAAAGCUUACACAGUUGUACAUUAACGAAUGUCCUAAGCUUCAGAGUGAGCCGCUUGGAGCAAAUUCAGAUGGACUCCUGUGA